GUCUGUCUCAGUGCUCUUGACAGCAGUAAACUGCUGGAGUGUGAAGGCUGCCACACGGGUCCAGAAUGUCUUCACUGCAGCUCCUCGCUCUGGUGCUCAUCAUCAUCCUCGGCUGUGUGCAGAUUGGCAGAGGAGGGACGGAGGGUCUUUGCCCAGAGAACGCAUUCGAAGGGACAAGGACGGACGUUGGCAGCUUUGGGUUGGCCCUGUACAGUGGCAUGUUUGCCUACGGAGGCUGGAAUAAUUUAAAUUUAGUCACAGAAGAGAUGAUUGAGCCGCACAAGAACCUGCCGCCGCGUGCCAUCGUGAUCUCCCUGCCCAUGGUGGCGGUGGUGUAUGUCCUUACUAACCUGGUCUACUUCACCACCAUCAGCCUUGAGGAGAUGGUGGCUUCAGAGGCCGUGGCAGUGGUUGUUUUUGGUAGGUUCACGAGAAGGUCACCUGCCCAUUCUGUUGUCCAUGGUCCACCUGAUCCUGCUCACCUCUCAACCUUCACUCAUCUUCACCGUGAGUCCUGUCAUUCUCAUUCAGUUGUCCAUGGUCCACCUGAUCCUGCUCACCCCUCAGCCUUCACUCAUCUUCACCGUGAGUCCUGUCAUUAUCAUUAUCAUUCUGUUGUCCAUGGUCCACCUGAUCCUGCUCACCUCUCAACCUUCACUCAUCUUCACCGUGAGUCCUGUCAUUAUCAUUCAGUUGUCCAUGAUCCACCUGAUCCUGCUCACCCCUCAAUCUUCACUCAUCUUCACCGUGAGUCCUGUCAUUAUCAUUAUCAUUCUGUUGUCCAUGGUCCACCUGAUCCUGCUCACCUCUCAGCCUUCACUCAUCUUCACCGUGAGUCCUGUCAUUAUCAUUAUCAUUCUGUUGUCCAUGGUCCACCUGAUCCUGCUCACCUCUCAACCUUCACUCAUCUUCACCGUGAGUCCUGUCAUUAUCAUUAUCAUUCUGUUGUCCAUGGUCCACCUGAUCCUGAUCCUACUCACCCCUCAGCCUUCACUCAUCUUCACCGUGAGUCCUGUCAUUUCAUUCUGUUGUCCAUGGUCCACCUGAUCCUGCUCACCUCUCAACCUUCACUCAUCUUCACCGUGAGUCCUGCCAUUCUCAUUCUGUUGUCCAUGAUCCACCUGAUCCUGCUCACCUCUCAACCUUCACUCAUCUUCACCGUGAGUCCUGUCAUUAUCAUUAUCAUUCUGUUGUCCAUGGUCCACCUGAUCCUGCUCACCUCUCAGCCUUCACUCAUCUUCACCGUGAGUCCUGUCAUUAUCAUUAUCAUUCUGUUGUCCAUGGUCCACCUGAUCCUGCUCACCUCUCAACCUUCACUCAUUUUCACCGUGAGUCCUGUCAUUGUCAUUCUGUUGUCCAUGAUCCACCUGAUCCUGCUCACCUCUCAACCUUCACUCAUAUUCACCGUGAGUCCUGUCAUUAUCAUUAUCAUUCUGUUGUCCAUGGUCCACCUGAUCCUGCUCACCUCUCAGCCUUCACUCAUCUUCACCGUGAGUCCUGUCAUUAUCAUUAUCAUUCUGUUGUCCAUGGUCCACCUGAUCCUGAUCCUACUCACCCCUCAGCCUUCACUCAUCUUCACCGUGAGUCCUGUCAUUUCAUUCUGUUGUCCAUGGUCCACCUGA